UUGUCAUUGCCUGGUAAUUGUAUAUAAGUAUAUUGUAUAUUGUAUUGCGUUUUCUAUUUAUCGCUGUAGAAUUGUCCCAGUAAGGAGCAAUACAAAGGAAGACGUGUUAUGUGAUUUUAUACGUUGCAUGUGUGCAUUUGCGAUUUGCGAUAAAUGGCCAACUCGCAGGACGCAAUUGACUGGGAAGAUCUCAGGAAACAAGCGAGACAUCUGGAAAAUGAAAUUGAUGCAAAGUUAGUGGCAUUCAGUAAAUUGGGUAUAAAUACAAGUGCUAGACAUGUUAACGCAGAUGAGAUUCCUCUUCUGGAUGAGGAACAGGUAUUUGAGAACAUGGCAUCGGAGAUAGAGACACUACUUUCUAAAUUACUUUUCAUAAACGAGAGGAUGAGCGAAUUACAACCAAAUGGAGCAGCUAUGUUGCACACAAUGCAACGUCACAAAGAAAUACUGAAAGACUAUAAACUGGAAUUUAACAAGAUUAGAAAUAAUUUUAUAGCUAGGAAAGAUCGCGAGGAUCUAUUAGGCAGCGUUCGUAAAGAAAUAGACAAUUAUAAAAGUGCGAGUGGAUUGAAUCGGCGUGAAAUGUACCUCAAAGAAAACCAGCACAUUCACAAUUCUGAUCGAUUGAUCAAUGAUCAAAUAAGCAUAGCAAUGGAGACGCGAGAUCAUUUGAUGUCUCAAAGACAGGCGUUCAAACGUAUACGAACCAAAUUCAAUGAUAUCUCCAAUCGAUUUCCAGCAGUGAACAGUUUACUGCAAAGGAUAAAUUUACGUAAAAGAAGAGAUUCCGUUAUACUCGGCCUUGUUAUUGGAGUGUGCACAUUCUUGAUGCUUCUGUAUGCAUUUCAUUAGACAAGUUUAUACCACCAUCAAAAAAACCUUCCAUUGUCUCCAGGUAAUGAUUAUCUCAGUUGAAAUAUACAUGUAACAAUGAUUUCAGUAGGAAUAUACUUUAACAGGUAUUAUUGAAUUUAAUAAAUAUGUGGAAAUUUUAGUAUGUUUAAAGUGUGCAAUUGUAUAUCGCGAAAAAGUAUAAAACUAGCGUGCGAAGAAAAUUCAUUUAUAUAGUUUUUUUAUACUAAAGUGUGCGAAACAUGGAAUAUGCGAUAUAAGUAGAACUACAACUUAUAUUCGAUAUUAAACUAAUAAAUGUUAAAAUAUGUAAUCUUUGUUCUUAAUUGCACUUUUUAAUUAUUUAGAUUUAGUUACUUUAUUGAUUUUAUUUUUUUAAUAAGAAAAAGAUGCACUAUUAUGAUUUAUUUACAUCUUUUUUGAUAAUUAACCUUUUUUUUUUUUUAUGAAAAACUAGGGCUAUCUUCAAUAAAGUGAUUUGUACAAUUUGCAAUAAAAUUAUUAUAUUUCAUAUCUAUAUAAACCAAUAUUUUCUUUUACUCUGCAUAUUAUGUAACACAUCUUUAAUAACAAAAGAGAAUCAAAAUUAUCACAACAGCUUUCAUAAAAGGAAAAUUGCAUGUUGAUCGAUUUAUCAACUCAGAAGAGUGACCUAAAAAAAAAAUUUUUGGACACGAAAGAUGGGUAUUAAUUCGAGUAAGAAUUAUUGGUUUUACGUACACAGAAACAUUUAUACAUAUGCAUAUAUACACGCAGCUCACUCGUUCAACUUAUCCAUGAAAGAAAACACAGCACAUUACAAAAGGAAUAAUUGUUUUACUAGAAAGCGCGACGCCUGUUUCCACGUCUACUAGAUACCACAUUUAUAAAUCGCGCCUGCAAAGAUAGGAACUCAAACGAGACAAUUGUAAAAAAUAUAAAAUACAAAACAGUAUCUCGUCUAUGUCCCAUGAAAAAAAUUUUGUUUUACAAUCUUCAAUAUGUACAUUUCGCAUUUAACUUUAUCAGCAUAUAAUUACGUCGUAAAGUUUUACUGCCGAAUUCAUUAUCAUCUAUAUCGAUAAUCGCAUCUUUGAAUCAAGCUCUGAAUUGGACAUGACUAACAUCUUCGAAUCACAUAUCUAACUCUAUGGUUUCCACAUUUUGUUAAAGUAAUGUAAUAAUUAAUAUCAUUUAUUAGAAAUAUUUGAUAACAGCUAAAGGAAUUAAAUCUAUGAUAUAAAUCUCGCUAAAAUAUUGCAUUUUCUUUUUUUUUUUUUAAUUAUCGCGACAAAAAAAUAAUAGAUCAAGGCAAUAUAUAUAUAUAUAUAUAUAUAAAAUGUAUAUUACUUCCCUUUUAUAUUCUUUCUUAUAAAUGCAAUAUGUAGUUAUCUGUGUAGAUGUAAGUUUCUAUUGGAUAUUACGGCGAGAAACCGUGGAAACAGGUGAGUGACGACGAAUAUCUCGUUUUCUCCUUAGUGUUAUAUGUCUACGCUCUUAAAAAUUAGAUCACUAAAAUGAUAAUUCUAAUCACGAAUUGAUUCUAACAACUGUUUCGACAUUACUCUACGCUCUAAAAGUCUGUAUUUUGUAGUUCUAUCAUAUUAUUAGAGAAGGUGAAUAUAUCGCGAGGCCUACAUCAUUACUAGUUCUUCCUCGAAACUUCGCAUUCGUUCAAAACUUAUUCAGACGUACAAACAGACAUCUACAUACAUUCAG